AUGUUGAACUCCUCAGUUUGUUGUGUGUUUGAGUCCCCUAUUUUGGACUAUUUCCUGCCCCCUAUACUUAUCAUGGAGUUCAUUUUUGGCCUCACAGGUAACAUUUUUGCCCUCUGCAUGUUCGCCUUCCAUGUGGAGCGCUGGAAACCAAACUCCAUCUACCUGGCAAAUCUGGCCGUAGCUGAUUCAGUGAUGCUCUUCUUCAUGCCGUUCAGAGCCGACUACUACAUCAGAGGCCAGGACUGGAUCUUCGGAGAUGCCUUCUGCCGCAUCCUGCUCUUCCUCCUGGCAGCCAACAGGACAGCUAGCAUCUUCUUCCUCACUGCUGUGGCUGUUGACCGUUACCUAAAGAUUGUGCACCCACUACACCGCAUAAAUCGGAUGAAUCUGAGCUACAGCAUGUGGGUCUCUGCAGGCCUUUGGACUGUGGUUUUACUUAUUACAACUCAGUUGCUGGGCUCGCCACACUUGUUUAGCGUCGGCAAUCGCACUCAAUGUGAGAGCUUUAACAUAUGCUUUGGUAACAAUCCACUAUCAAUCUGGAACAAUGCCUUCUAUGUGAUCCAGUUCUGCGUGCCAGGCAGCAUCAUCAUCUUCUGCACAGCCUGCAUUACAUGGCAGCUGAAAACCAAGACCAUGGACACCACAGGCAAGGUCAAGAAAGCAGUCCAAUUCAUUUCAGUUGUUGCCAUGGUCUUCCUUAUCAGCUUCUUUCCAAGCACUGCUUCACGAGUUGCGGUUUGGGUCCUGAAGGUCCAGUACAGUGAGUGUUCACACUUCAGUGAGGCAAAUCUGGCUUUUUAUACUUCAGUCUGCUUCACCUAUUUGAAUAGUACACUAAAUCCUCUGGUUUACUACUUUUCCACUCCUGCAUUCAGUGGCAUCAUACAGAAACUUUUCAGAAGACUGAACAAAACAGGACAAAAGAAAGAGGUGCCCUCAUGA